UGCAUGGAAACAGUCUAUUUAGAAGUACGUUUUUAAAAGUGUUUCGGAGAAGAAUCUGGGCUCAGCCCCUGAUGGUUAACAGUCCAGCCAACCCCCCAGGCAGCGUGUGAGCGUGAGACUGAAGGUGAAAAUGUGUGUCACACGUCAGAAGCGUGAGAGUUGGCAACCUUGAUGUGAGCGGGACAGAAAAGUUAUCUUGACACUACGAUUACAAAGAAUGACCACUCAAUGUCAAGCUUUCAGAAUGUCAAGAAGGAUCUAUGCUGAAGCUAUGCUUUUUUGUAUAAUAGUGUGCCGGUAUGGGUGCAGUGAGGGGGUGGCAGAGACAGCGACUGGUUCCACCAUCAAAGGGAGAGUGAGGGAGAGCAUCACGUUUCCUUUCUCAGCUGAGGGCAACCAAAGCUACAGCGUUGACCUACUUUUUAAUAAUACAUUUAAAAUCGUUACAUGGUAUCCUCAACCAUUCAUUCAUGUCCGAGAAAAAUAUAAGGGAAGGGUCAGCAUUGGCAGUGACUCGAUAUGGCUGAACAAAUUGAGCCUAUCAGAUUCUGGCCUUUAUCAAGUUAAAAUAGAGUAUACAUCUGGAAGUUUUAAGCCACCGGAGUACACGUACUUUCACCUGCAGGUUUUUGAGCCCGUCUCUAAACCCGACAUCACAGCUGAAUGCCUGGGGAGUAAUGUCAGUCUGAGCUGCUUCAGCAGUCGGGGGACUGAAGUGGCUUACAGCUGGGAAACUCUGCCCCCUUGUGGUAAUGACAGCUGUGUGCAUCUGGGCCAAGCGAUAGACCUCCACCUCCACUCCCUCUCUCCAUCCACAACAUACACGUGUACAGCCCAUAACCCUGUCAGCAGAGCCACCAGCGAUUCUGUUGAUCUGGAAAUGUGCUUCCUGCAAGGAUCACAAGUUAGAUGGGUUCCAGCCUUGUGUGCCACAUCAGCAUUCCUUGUCUUCGGAGUACUAAUACUGCUGUACAAGAGGAAAAAGCACCAACAGUCCAAAAGUGAAACAAUUCAAGUGGAAGUUGAUGAGCCGGUCAUGGAAGAGGAGCCACCAUUCACAGUGCCUUCCAUUGAUCCAGUAUAUGUAAGCAGGCUUUGUUGAAGUUAUCUCAGUAGCAACUGUCAGGACCUCUGCAUGGACUAAAUAUUCAAGCGUUAUAUAGACAGGAAAAAGGAAAGCCAAUGGGGAAUGUGAAGCCCUGUUGAAAUUAAACUAUAACAACAAACCUUAAAUCAAGGAAUAGAAAUCUCAACAUUCUAGCAGGUUCUUGCCAAUGAUACCUUAAAGAGGUGAUCCGGCUCUUUGGUGAGAAGUCGGGCAUGAGCUUUCCAUCUGUGGUGCAUCUCUUAUUGAAAUGACUCCAAGAUAAAUCAUUGCUGGCAACUGAAACGAAGGAAGCUAAUGAAUUCUAUUCUCAUUUUCUUUUACCUCCUGCAAUAGUUUCAUUCAUCUUUGCAUUUCAACCAUGUAAAUCACUCUGGAUAAGAAUUUCUGCUUAAUGAAAGAGCGAUAUUGUAAUGUAUAUCGGUGCUGCAUAGGUAUGGGGCAUGCUGCCCCACCAAGGCAUAACUUGCCAUCUAAUAUGUGCCAUCCAAAUCUGUAAAUAUACUGUGCCAUUUUGUUUAUGAAAGCAUUUACGCAUAAAAGUACUGUUAAAUUACUGACAACUGAAAUAUGUGUAAUUUAGCUUAAAAAAUUGAAAAUAUUUGUCAAUUUAGUGAUGUUCAUUUGGUAAUUUCAUAUUUUAAAACAAAUAUUUUAUACAGCAUGAAACACAGUUGUGGACAAAAUGAUAAUGGUUAAAGCUGCUUCUGUAUCAGCACUGAAUACUGGCUGAGCACUGAGUUUUUUAAUAAAGAGACUUUU